AUGUCCAUCGCGUGUUGGGUUAUCGUGUACAUGGCAUCUCCAGUUUACGAAAAUUAUGUUCUCAAAUCUGGUGACGGCCUUUCGGUCCCCUUCAUCAUCCUCUGGCUCCUCGGCGACAUGACAAACCUUAUCGGCGCCGUGUACGCCGGUUUGCUCCCCACGAUGAUCAUUCUGGCGGUUUAUUACAACCUCUGCGACUUCGUCCUCCUCUACCAGGUCUACUACUACCGCUAUCUCCGGCGCAAGCGCCGCCAGGCUGACGGCGAGCGCCAGCCCCUGGUCGAGCUCGACGAACCCAAGGUUGUCAAGCCCCUCCUCCCCGCGUACCUCAUGUGGCCGCUUCUCGUGGGCUUCGUCCUCGCGGUCGGCUGGAUCGCCCACCUCCUGCACGAGAACGACGAGGUCAAAAUCCCCGAGGGCACGCCCGGCGGCGUUGAGCUGGAGUGGAAGUCGCAGGUGCUCGGAUACGCCUCAUGCGUGCUGUACCUCGCUUCGCGCGUCCCGCAGGUGUUCCACAACUUCUCUACGCGCUGCGAAGGUCUCAGCCUCGCCAUGUUCUUCUUCUCCAUCUCCGGCAAUGUCACGUACAUCGCUUCGAUCCUCACGAAGAGCCUCGAGUACAAGUACCUCGUCACCAACGCGUCAUGGAUCGCCGGUUCAGCAUUCACCAUCUUCUUGGAUAUCUUCAUUAUCGGCCAGUUUGCAUACUACAGCUGGCAGGACAGCCAGAAGGCACCAGUCUUCGCCAACGACGAGGACGACGAGUAG